AUGAACGUGGAGGCCUAUCACGCCGUGCGGCGUCUCUAUGUCCAGCUGCUGCGCGCGCAGCACGGCGUGCAUGGCGUCAUGGAAGAGGAAGGGCCUCCUUCGCUUCUGCCGGGCUCUACCAACAUCCUCACUAAUCGCAACCCGCUCUCAGCCCCCACUUCCCUUGAGCGCAGUGGUGCGUCAGGCACAGCGGCGGUGUCUCCGAACCCGACUUCCUACGGUGCUGCGGUCGUCAUCUCAUCCGCUCCUCCCGCUCCCCCUCGACGUCUACCACGGUCAGCAGCUUCUCCAGUGACAACGACGCUGUUCGCGUCAAGAGGCGCCUCAGCGGUAUCAAAUGCACGGCCCUCACGCUCUGACGGACUGAAGGGGUGCUGGCAGCGGCGACGUCACCGAUACUCUACAUCGCCUUACACACCUUUCGGCUAUGCGGCGUUAAGGGACGAGGAGACGGCAUGCAUUUCUGAGGUUCGACAGUGGAAGAUGCGUCUAGCACAGACAUUACGGCAGCGAAGCGUCAAGGUGGAAGAGCAACUGAGAGAGAUGUUGGCAGGGCACGUCCAACAGUGCUUACAGGCAGCCGCGACGUCGACGCUUACGGCAUCAGCGCAGCAAGGGACACCGGCAAGAUUCAGUGCGCCUCCGGUGCCUUCUUUCCUGCGCGUCCUGUCCACCGGCUAUGCUGUCACCAUCUCCGUGCAAAACACCAGCGGUGUUGAGGACGGAGUGCGCAAUCGGGAGGAACAUGAUGCCACUUGGAAUCCAUUUUUGAAUGCUCUUGGUUCACAGGCUCCCGGCGAGGACGGUACUGGCCGCGAUGCGAACAACCCACGACAUCGCGAGAAUGCAUAUGCGGAGAGUUCAAGAGAGGCAGCACCUAAGCCAUCGGGGAUCCAGGCAGCGUCUUUACGAUCACCCGCCUCGAGGCUAACAGCUGCUGGCGCGCCAGCAGCUGCGACUUCACUAAAGACUGUACUAUUAAGGAAGAAAUCUCUCGAAGCACAACUGAAGGCGUGCCAGGCAGAUCCCUCUCAGUCCUGGCAGUCGGCUGGCACGCCGAGAAAUCCACUCGUGCCUGUGCAUACGGCUGCUCUGUGCAGCCGUCUGAAUGCGUACCAAAUGUGUGCCGCUCGUACCACGGCCAUUACUGAUGCUCCCGCCAGUGCCUCAUCUACAAAGAACUACCUACAGGAAAAAGAGAGUAGCGAAGCGCCUGCCGCAGCACUGCCACCAGUGUGCACGCUGUGGGAGUACUUGCCCAUUUCCUCGUCCUUGCACGCCAACGUGAGCUCGGCAAUCGGCAAGGAAGGAAAAUCUGCGCCAGUGCCUACUCCCUCUCGAUUGGCACUCUCGACCUCGCCGAUGGACAGACUCAAGGCGGUGUGGCGUCGGUGUGCGCGCAAGUCUAGCCGUCGGAUACCGCCAGUGAGAACCGAUAGCGCAGAGAGGGACAAACGAGCGGUUUCUCCGAACAAUGCAGCUCAUGAUCCUCUGGCGCUGAUGACUGACAGCCACUGGCACAGGCUCCAAGAGCAAGUACGGGCAACGCAAGAUACAUUCCAGUUGCUGCUUGCGGAGGCGGCCUUACACUCUCAAGACAGCCGGCAAAGGAGCGGAGGGGCCAAAACGAAUACCCCCGCGGUUAUGUCCUCAAGAGCACCGCCUUCACUAAGCGCUUACGCACCGAUUUCGCGUGCGCUGCCUUGUAGCACCUUGGAAGCGGAGGGUGUGGCGACAGAGGUGGUUAUGGUGUGCUACACCGCAGCCCCGCUUGGUCUGGAUUCUGUGAGCUGGGACGCGAGCACGCAUGCAGGUCACACACCAGUUGAGACUGCGCCCUCCGUCUCACUGCAGCCGACGUGGGCGCUGUGCUUUGAGGUGGACGCCUUGCACGAGGCAUGGCUGCGGCGAACGCUGCUGGAAGUGGCGUCAAAAGAGGCGGAGCCACCCCCUGCAUCCAUCGCGACAGCCAGUCCUCCACCUCCAGCAACAUUCACCACGCUCGGGACCUCCGUGAUAUCGUCUGCACUGAAGGUCGAUGUUCAGACAUCCCUGCGAUCGAUGUGCACCUGCCAUUAA